UUGCUUACGUCAAAGACGCCUUCAACUACAAAAACCCUAAAUAACCCACCAACGGAUAUUGAAUCAAUUUCUAUUCAUCCUUCAAUAACAUAUACAUACAAAUUCACUUCAACUUUCAUAAGAUUCCUUUUCCCCAAUUCUUAACCCCGAUCUCCUUUCUCCCCAUCUUUCAAUUCGCACAACAUUUCGGUGCAAUCAGCCAACGCGCAUCUUCAAAGGAUGGUGUGCUCAUAGUGGUUCUUCUGUGUAUUAUCUUGUAAUUGAUAGUAUAGAUAGGUGGCAUCUCUGAUGGGUUCACCCGAACGUGUAAAAGGUUCUGUGAAAAAGGACAUAGAAGAUAGUUCAGGUGCAAGGAGUGAUAGGGCCAGAGACGAUGAAACAUGGGAAGUGGAUGAGAGGAGAAAGCGGAGGUCGGGCAAGUCAAGGCAAUCAGGGAGUGGAGAGGAAGCUGAAGGAUUGGAAAAUAAUGGAAGAAAGAGAAGUGGUGAGGAGAAAAGCGAGAGUAGGAAGAGGCCAGGUGGCUCGAGUAAGGCAGUUAGUGAGGAUGAUGAUUAUGAGUCACGAAAGGAGUCACGAGCUAAGCAAUUGAAGAAGAAACAAGAAGAGAGUGCUUUGGAGACAUUGAGCAAUUGGUAUCAGGAUGGAGAGGGAGAGAACAGACAUGAUGGUGGAGAAAGAAGUGAGAGAAGAAAAUCGGCUUCAAAACUGUCUGAUCGUGAGAGUUCCCAAAGCAGAAGUAAGGGUAGAGAUGAAAGAUUGCAUGAUGGAGAGCUUGAAAAGCUUCAGGACAAGGAUUUAAGACACUCUGAGAGAAAGGAAAUAAGCCGAGAAAAGGGUCAUGGGUCUUCUGAUUCGGGACGACAUCCAAGAAAAAGGUGGGAUGAUGCAAAUGUUGUUAGCAAGGUAGAAGAAAAUACCCAUGGGGAAAAAUCUGAUCAAAGGAUUGGAAAGUCUUCAGAUAUGAAGCACGAGGGUUCUAUGGAACGAAGUUUGCCUGGCUAUAGUGAAGCAAAUGAGAGUAGAAGCAGGGGUAUUGAUGUGAGUGGUGAUAAAGGUGUUAAAUACCAUGAAAAGGAUGAGGGAAGAGGUGAAAUUGAGAAGAUUAAGAGUAAGGGAGAUUUAGAAGUUCAUGAAGAAGACAAUGAAGAAAAUCCCUCAAGUCAUGAAGAUAUGGCAGUCAAGGAGAAAAUUGAUGAUCACAAGCAGCAGAGAAGUCUAACUGGACAUGAUGCUGUUGAAAGCCGUGAGAGAUCCUAUAAUGCUGAUGAAGAUGGUAGUACAUGGAUAAGGGAUAGGGGUAGAAGAGACAAUGACCGUUCUACCAGGUCCAGGACCCCUGAGAGAAUUGCAAGGCGUCAUCAUGAGACAGAAUACAGUGAGUUGGAUUCAGAUAAAAGCAGCAGUUACAGAAGGAAAGACCUGGAAAAAGAUGGUUAUAGAGAGGAAAGAUCGAAAGGAAGAGAUGAUUGCUGGGGUGACAAGAACAGGGACCGUGAAGGCUUGAAAGAUAACUGGAAAAGAAGGCAAUCCAACUUUCCUGACAAGGAAAUGAAAGACGGUGAUGCCCCUUAUGACUUCACCCGAGACUGGGAGUCACCAUCACAAAGACGUGGUCGUGAUAGGGCUGACACUGAAAGGCAUAUGGGUCGUGCUGGUGGCAGAAAGGAUGGGAACAGGACUGAUGCUGUGAAAACCUCAUCAAAUUAUGGUAUUUCAAAAGACAAUUAUGAUGUGAUAGAGAUUGAAACCAAACCUUUCAAUUAUGGAAGGGAGGAUUCUAGAUCUUCAUUUGGGAGGAAAAAUGAAGUUAAUGAGCAGUCUGAUAUAAAACCAGGACCAAAUGAUGAGUACGGUUAUCCACGUGACGACAAUAUUGCAAGAAAUGCUGAUGAUCAAUCUGUUGAAGAUUCGAAAGAUAAAUAUGGAGAUGACAGAAACAUGGAUGACAUUGAGGGAGGGAAAGGUAGAGGCCAGCGUGGUAGCUUGCCCAAUCGUGCUGGUGGCUGGCAAGGACCAUCUUCCAGUAGUGAUUCACAGCCGUCUCAUGGAUACCAAGAUCCAGGUUCCUUUAACAGAGGUGUUUCUCAAGGUGUUAAAGGUAACAACAGAAUGGGAAGAGGAGGAAGGGUUCGGCCUACAGGGAGAGAUGGUCAACAAGUCAAUUUGCAAGUGCCAAUGAUGGGUUCACCUUUUGGACCACUCGGAAUGCCACCACCUGGUGGAUUGCAACCACUUACACCUAGCAUGUCUCCUGGUCCAGGUCCUCCGAUGUCUCCUGCUGUCUUUAUCCCACCAUUUUCUCCUCCUGUUGUUUGGCCAGGAGUUCCACCCGGUCUUUCAGGUGUUCCUCCUGGUGGGCCAUCGGGACCUAGAUUUCCUCCAAAUAUAGGGACCCCACCCAAUUCUGCUAUGUAUUUUAACCAACCCGGACCUGCAAGAGGAAUGCCUCCAAACAUCCCUGGUACUGGUUUUAAUGCUCUAGGACCAAUGGGCCGCGGGCAGCAACAAGAUAAGGGACCAGGUGGAUGGGUUCCUCCCAGAAAUAAUGGGCCUCCUGGUAAAGCUCCCUCUAGAGGAGAACAAAAUGAUUAUUCCCAGAAUUUUGUUGACACUGGUAUGCGACCCCAGAACUUUAUCAGGGAACUAGAGCUCACUAGUGUUGUGGAGGACUAUCCAAAGCUUCGGGAGCUUAUACAAAAGAAGGACGAAAUUGUUGCUAACUCUGCUUCUGCUCCUAUGUAUUACAAGUGUGACCUGCGCGAGCAAGUCUUAUCUCCCGAGUUCUUUGGGACCAAGUUCGAUGUUAUUCUUGUGGACCCUCCUUGGGAGGAAUAUGUUCAUCGAGCUCCUGGGGUCACUGACCAUAUGGAGUACUGGACAUUUGAGGAAAUAAUGAAUCUCAAGAUUGAGGCAAUAGCCGACACACCAUCUUUUGUUUUCCUCUGGGUUGGUGAUGGAGUUGGUCUUGAGCAGGGCCGGCAAUGUCUAAAGAAGUGGGGAUUCCGUAGGUGUGAAGAUAUAUGUUGGGUGAAAACAAACAAAACCACUGCAACACCUGGAUUGCGUCAUGAUUCACAUACUUUAUUCCAGCGCUCAAAGGAGCACUGCUUGAUGGGCAUAAAAGGAACGGUACGUCGCAGCACUGAUGGUCACAUAAUCCAUGCCAACAUUGACACAGAUGUAAUCAUCGCCGAGGAGCCUCCAUAUGGUUCUACUGCAAAACCUGAAGAUAUGUACCGGAUAAUUGAGCAUUUCUCGCUCGGUCGCCGUAGACUUGAGCUUUUCGGCGAAGAUCAUAAUAUACGGUCUGGCUGGUUGACUGUUGGUAAAGAUUUAUCCUCGUCAAAUUUCAAUUCCGAGGGGUAUGUUCGAAAUUUUGCGGAUAAGGAUGGGAAGGUGUGGCAAGGAGGAGGAGGAAGAAACCCGCCACCAGAAGCCGGUCAUCUUGUCCUUACGACUGCGGACAUCGAAGCUCUCAGGCCGAAGUCACCAAUGAAGAACCAACUCCAAAUGCAGCAACAGCAGCAACAGUCAAAUUCCAUAUCCCUGACAGCAGGUGGUGGAAGCAACAAGAGGCCAACUGGCAACUCACCAUCGAACCAUAAUGGACCAGGAGGCAUGAACCAAGAAGCAUCGGGCUCUAAUAUCUCCGGUCCUGUUCCGUGGGGUCCUCCGAUGGGUGGGGGUAUGGGUCCGGAUGAGAGGUAUUUCGAAAAUAUGUAUGGGUAUAAUGGUCCUUUUGGACCCAUGGGUGGUGACUACAUGGAUUUUGAAACACAUAGAGCCAUGAACAAUAUGUUGUAGCUUAAAAACAAUUUAUAAAUUGUUUCUUUAUUUCAUAUUUUCAUUUGAAAGAUCUCAAAACAGAAAUGGUGGAUGAACUUCAGAAGGAUCUUUGACUUUGUUAAAGUCA